UGGAGGGAGGGCGCGGUGUGAGGAUUCACCCUGGCUGGAGGAGCAGUUUCCCCGAAAGCGGCCAAGCACCAGGCACACCGAGCGGCGAGACCUGCGGCUCAGGCAGGGAUAGGUUGAGCCUGGGCUCCUCGCGGAGGUGCCCGGACGGGGCGGGAGGCUGCUGUAGGCGUCAGGCCACUGCGUGAAGGGAGAGGGGUCCCCGGGGAAGGGAAGCGGCAGAGCAGCUGCAGAAGUGCGGGGAGCGCGAAGGUACCAAGGAAGCAGAUUCCCGCCGCCUUCAGCCAGGGCAACAGCCGGAACAGCAGGGGGAGGAGCAACAGCUGCCGAAUUCGCCAACUAGAGGAGGGGGAGGCGGAGCUUAGGUCCCUGUAGCAGCAGAAGGCGCAGCCUGGACUGUAGUUUCCCGGGAGAGAGGAGAGCAGGAACAGGAGAGGAGCGCAGUCCUCGGAGCCUCUGCUCCAGCAUCCCGCCAGGGGCUGCAGGUGUGUGGGAGGCUUGAAACUAUUCCAACAUGGCUUUCCUUGGACUCUUCUCUUUGCUGGUUCUGCAAAGUUUGGCAUUAGGGACCACUUUCACUGAUGAAACCAUUGCUGAGUUGUCAGUGAAUAUGUAUAACCAUCUUCGAGCCACUGGAGAAGAUGAAAAUAUUCUCUUCUCUCCACUGAGUGUCACCCUUGCAAUGGGAAUGAUGGAACUUGGGGCCCAAGGGUCUACCCUGAAAGAAAUCCGUCAUUCAAUGGGAUAUGAUAGCCUGAAAAAUGGUGAAGAAUUUUCUUUCUUGAAGAAUCUUUCUCACAUGGUGACUGCUGAAGAGAGUCAGUAUGUGAUGAAAAUUGCCAAUGCCCUCUUUGUGCAAAAUGGAUUUCAUAUCAAUGAUGAGUUUUUGCAGAUGAUAAAAAAGUACUUUAACGCAGAAGUCAAUCAUGUGGACUUCAGUCAAAAUGUAGCUGUGGCCAACCAUAUCAAUAAGUGGGUGGAGAAUAAUACAAAUAGUCUGUUGAAAGAGUUGGUAUCCCCAAGGGAUUUUGACGCCGUCACUCAUCUGGCCCUCAUCAAUGCUGUUUAUUUCAAAGGGAAUUGGAAGUCACAAUUUAGACCUGAAAAUACCAGAACUUUUUCCUUCACUAAAGAUGAUGAAAGUGAAGUCCAAAUUCCAAUGAUGUAUCAACAAGGAGAAUUUUAUUAUGGGGAAUUUAGUGACGGCUCCAAUGAAGCUGGUGGUAUCUACCAAGUCUUGGAAAUACCCUAUGAGGGGGAUGAGAUAAGUAUGAUGCUGGUCUUGUCCAGACAGGAAGUUCCACUGGCCACUCUGGAGCCAUUGGUCAAAGCACAGCUGAUUGAAGAAUGGGCAAACUCUGUGAAGAAGCAAAAAGUGGAAGUGUACCUCCCCAGGUUCACAGUGGAACAGGAAAUUGAUUUAAAACAUGUUCUGAAGGCUCUUGGAAUAACUGAAGUUUUCAUCAAAAAUGCAAAUUUGACAGCCUUGUCUGAUAACAAAGAGAUUUUCCUUUCUAAAGCAAUUCACAAGUCCUUCAUAGAGGUUAAUGAAGAAGGUUCAGAAGCUGCUGCUGCUUCAGGAAUGAUUGCAAUUAGCAGGAUGGCUGUGCUGUAUCCUCAAGUUAUUGUCGACCAUCCAUUUUUCUUUCUUAUUAGGAACAGGAGAACAGGUACAAUCCUAUUCAUGGGACGAGUCAUGCAUCCUGAAACCAUGAACACCAGUGGGCAUGAUUUUGAGGAACUUUAAAUCAUUUUAUUUAAAUAAUAAGGAAAAUAGUAACUAAGCACAUUAUGUUUGCAACUGGUAUAUAUUUGAGACUUGUGUUUUACAAUAUAUCUUAAGAUAAUACUUAAAAUAGCUCCCGAUAAAAGCAAUGUAUGUAAAUUAUAAGCCAACUUCUCAAGGAAUGUUAUCCGUAUUAUUGAGGUAAUGAUCCUCUCAUGUCAUUGUGUUUGUUGUGCUAGAAUUUAAAAUAAAAGUACAUAGUGAACGUGUGAA